CCUCCCACUGCUCUCCGCUUACUGCGCUUUUCCCUUCGCCCCUAACCUCGCCUCCUUAGAACUUUUCCGUCGCUCGCAGCGCGCCCGUCGACGCACAGACCGAGAAGCCGCCAUGGCGCCCGUGUCGAUCCCCUGCGCGCAGCAAGCCUCAUACGCGGCCGCCACGCUCUCCAAUCUCAGCAGCGCGCGCAACUGCCACGUCAGCACGCCGAGCCUCGCCUUCCCACCGGCCGCCCAUUCCAGAAGAGUCGCCUCUCGCGCGUCGUCGGCGGCGGUGGGCGUGCUCGCCGCCAUGAGCGCGGCGGAGAUCGCGCAGGCGCUGAGCGACAAGCGGGUCCAGCCACGUGGCGAGCGAGUGCUGGUGAAGCUGGACGCGCUCGAGCAGGCGACGGCAGGCGGCGUGCUGCUGCCCACCCAGGCGGUCAAGUAUGAGCGCUACCUCACCGGCCAGGUGGUGUCAGCCGGGGAGGAAGUGAAGAAGACGUCAGCGGGGCAGAAGGUCAUGUUUCCCGAUAUGAAUGCAUAUGAGGUUGCUAUCGGGGACGGCUCCGACAGGUUUUGCUUCGUGCGGGAGGGAGACAUCAUGGCAGUGGUUCAAUGAUUGCAUUUCGCGUUUAGAAUGGCGCCCAUUCGUUAUUGUUCUUAGUAUGGUGUAACAAUGUUAUAUUGGUAAUGCGUUUUGGAAGAAAGCUUGUGAAGGAACUUGACUCGAGCAAAUCAGAAACAAUUUCUACCUGCAUAACUAUAAGAAAAUGGUA